GCACGUGUUCAGCUCGACUAACUCUGCUUCUUCUCCAUCGCCAUGGCAGGUUUCAUCGAAUAUAAAGGCUACAAUCUCAAUCCGCUUUUAACAUCGGCCGAGCACAUUGAAUCUCUGCAGAGCUUUGAGAUGAAAGAGGAUGAUGUGCUUUUGGUCACUUAUCCCAAAUCAGGCACUAUCUGGACCCAGCAGAUCAUCAUCUCCAUCUACGAGCUCACUGGAGAGGUGAAGGAAAGUUGUACUUUAAACGCGAUGCAGAUGCCAUGGAUGGAGAUAAGCCUGAUGAAGGAGAACAUGUCAAAAAUGCAAUCUCCUCGUCUAUUUUCUUCUCACCUAAUUCCCAGUCUCUUGCCUCCAGGGCUAAAGGACAAAAGAACAAAGAUUAUAUAUGUGAUGCGGAAUCCAAAAGACAACAUGGUCUCUUAUUAUAAAUUCAGACAUCCCAACAUCAGCUUUGAGGAGUUUUUAGAGUACUUGACAGGAAAUGUGAUUUCUUCAUCCUGGUUUGAUCACAUCCGAGUGUGGCGUUCAGCUUUUGACCAGUACAACAUCUUCUACCUGACCUAUGAGGACAUGAUAAUGGACCUAAGAGGAGCAGUGGUGAAAAUCUGCCAGUUCUUGUGUAAAAAUCUCAGUGAUGCAGACAUUGACAAAGUUGUUGAAAAAGCAACAUUUGAAGCAAUGAAGAAGGACCCCAAAGCCAACUAUACACAUGCACCAAAAAGUCUGUUUAUGGGAGACUUCAUGCGCAAAGGGCGCAUUGGAGACUGGAAGAACACCUUCACUGUUGCUCAGAGUGAAAGAGUGGACCGAAUCCUGGAGGAGAGACUUGGAGACAUGAAUCUACACUUUAUCUGGGAAUAAAAGAAUUCUAAAUAAUCUGAAGACUAA